AUGCAAUUUCAAUCAUUCGAUGGUGAGGGCAAUCCAUCAUUUAUGCGUCGUCAUUAUCUAAUAGGUUACAUCUGGGGCUUAGUAUCAACAAUUCUUUUCAUAGUAACAUUGAUUAUCUUGAUUUCAAAAUGUUCAUCUGGAAAAUAUUACUCAACAAAAGUCCCAUCUAAAUCUAUAAUACCUAUCAAACAGUCCAUUAAUGAUACUAUCACAGGUGCAGCUGCACAUAAUGGCAAAGAGAAUCAUAUUCCUUCGAAAUACUUUACAGAAUUCGAUUUUUAUAAUGCCAAACCGACAAAAACACUCAAAAUUCUUGAAAACUUCCAAACAUACCAGCAGACUACCGAAUACUCAUGCGGACCUGCUGCAGCUUUGAUGGCUCUUAAUUAUUUAGGAAUUACAAACGUAUCGGAGAGGCAGCUUUCAGACUCGAUGUUCACCGGAUACCCAUGGAGAUUGAACAAUUUCAGUAAACUCGGCACAACUACAACAGAUAUGGCCAGAGUUUUAGGAACCUUCAAUGUUAACGUCGAAACAAAUGCAGGAGCUGUUGAACCACCAUGGUCCGAUGAAAUAGAGUUUACAAAAUGGAUUAAAAACGCAAUUGAGAACAAACAACCUGUUUUAUCAAAACAUGUUGACUGGGGAGGCCAUUGGGAAGUAAUUAUCGGCUACGAUGACAUGGGUACAGAAAGUUUCUCUGAUGACGUUCUUAUUAUCGCUGAUCCAUACGAUUCUUCUGAUCAUCGCCAGGAUGGAUACACAAUUUGGCCAAUGGAGAGAUACUAUUCACUUUGGCAUACUAAAAUGUCUGACCAGCCUCUUGAGGAAUAUUACUUCCAAUAUGUUAAGAUUUCUAAGAAAUAA